GAAUCAGUCUCCUAAUGGAACACUGAUGCUUCCAACCAUAAAAGAUAUGCUUCACUUGUCACCUCUCCACUUCUCCAUCAAAUUUAUUUUUUUAAUUUGUUUUUGCCCUCAGCCGUUCCCAGUUUAACCAGAUUCUCUAGUCUCGAUUUUUUUGCAACUUUUCUUUCGUCUGAUUAUCCAAAUUUUGGCUUUUUAAGCCCUCACAUUGACACUGUUUUCCUUUGUCAUUUGAUUAAAAUUUGCUGCUUUUUUUCUUCUUAACUGAAACACAUCAAUUCGAAGAACUGGGUUUGUUUUGUUCCACAUGGUUUCUGCUUCUACCCAAUGCCCGUUUGGAUUCACUGUUCCCUGCAAUGGAACAUUUGGUUACGAAAAGGUGGAGUUUUUAAGUUCAAAUUCUUUUCAUCAUUUGGAAAUUUCGAGAAAUAAGUUUUUCCUAGGCUCUGCUUCAACGAUUACAGCAAAGCCUGCUUUAGUUGGUCAAAUAUGUUCUCUACAUGAUUUUGAUGAUUUCUUUUGGGAGAAAACUCCUACACCUAUACUUGAUGCAAUUGAAAACCCUAUCUGCUUGAAGAACUUCACUCUUAAGGAAUUGAAACAAUUAGCUAAUGAAAUCCGUUCAGAGUUGUCUUCUAUUAUGCCCAAAACCCAAAAAUCCUUCAAGGCUAGUUUGGCAGUGGUGGAACUGACUGUAGCAUUACACCAUGUUUUUCAUGCUCCAGUGGAUAAGAUACUGUGGGAUAUUGGGGAACAAACGUAUGCACAUAAAAUUCUUACUGGGAGGCGGUCUCUAAUUCAUACCCUGAGACAAAAGGAUGGUAUUUCUGGCUAUACCUCUCGAUCUGAGAGUCAGUUUGAUCCUUUUGGUGCAGGACAUGGGUGCAACAGCAUCUCUGCUGGACUUGGAAUGGCAGUUGCACGGGAUAUUAAAGGGAAAUGGGAACGAAUUGUUACAGUCAUUGGCAAUGUAACAACUAUGGCUGGUCAGGUCUACGAGGCAAUGAGCAAUGCAGGUUAUCUGGAUUCAAAUAUGAUAGUCAUUUUAAAUGACAGCCGUCAUUCUUUACAUCCAAAGAUUGAAGAGGGCCCCAGGACAUCCAUCAAUGCUCUAUCUAGUACCCUAAGCAGGCUCCAGUCAAGUAAAUCUUUUCGGAGGUUAAGAGAAGUCGCUAAGGGUGUCACUAAAAGAAUUGGUAAGGGUAUGCAUGAAUGGGCUGCCAAAGUUGAUGAAUAUGCACGUGGUUUGAUUGGUCCACCAGGAUCAACUCUUUUUGAAGAGCUUGGAUUGUAUUACAUAGGCCCUGUUGAUGGGCACAACAUUGAAGACCUAAUUUCUGUUCUACAGGAAGUGGCGUCCCUAGAUUCGAUGGGUCCUGUGUUAGUGCAUGUGAUAACGGAGGAAAACCUGGGUACACUGAAUAACCAAAAAAGUGAGAUUUCAGUGAAGAAGCAGGCAGGAUCAAGUAGCUCAGACUCUUUUUUGUUCAAUAACAAUUCUCGAACAUAUAGUGAUUGCUUAGUGGAGGCUUUGGUUAUGGAGGCAGAGAAGGACAAGGAUAUUGUUUUGGUCCAUGCUGGAAUGGAAAUGGAUCCACCGCUUCAACUGUUUCAGGAAAAAUUUCCAGAGAAGUUUUUUGAUGUAGGAAUGGCUGAACAGCAUGCUAUUACAUUUUCUGCUGGUCUGUCAUGUGGAGGCUUGAAGCCAUUUUGUAUAAUUCCUUCUGCUUUUCUGCAGAGAGCUUAUGAUCAGGUGAUACAUGAUGUAGACCAACAGAGGAUCCCAGUGCGUUUCGUCAUUACAAGUGCCGGACUGGUAGGAUCUGAUGGUCCCACACAGUGUGGGGCAUUUGAUAUAACUUUCAUGUCAUGUUUGCCUAACAUGAUUGUCAUGGCACCAUCUGAUGAGGAUGAGCUUGUGCACAUGGUUGCGACUGCUGCUCAUAUUAAUGAUCGACCAAUUUGCUUUCGGUAUCCAAGGGGUGCCAUUGUCAGGAAGGUCUAUCCUAUGUCCAGUGGAAUUCCAAUAGAGAUUGGAAAAGGGAAAGUUCUUGUAGAGGGUAAAGAUAUUGCUUUGCUUGGGUAUGGGGCAAUGGUUCAGAACUGCCUGAAAGCUCGAGCCCUUCUUUCAAAGCUUGGCGUUGAGGUAACUGUUGCUGAUGCAAGAUUUUGCAAGCCCCUUGACAUUAAGCUUCUCAGGGAGCUUUGUCAAAACCAUGCCUUUCUUAUCACAGUUGAGGAAGGUUCUAUUGGAGGAUUUGGAUCACAUGUUUCACAGUUUAUUGCUCUUGAUGGACAGCUUGAUGGCAGAAUUAAGUGGCGACCAAUUGUUUUACCAGACAACUACAUUGAGCAUGCAUCACCAACUGAGCAAUUUUCUCUUGCGGGGAUGACUGGACAUCACAUUGCUGCAACAGCACUAAGUCUGCUCGGCCGCAACCGUGAAGCACUCCUUUUAAUGUGCUAGAAAUCUACCCAGUCUCUUCCAAGUCUUCAUGUAACACUUCAGGUUGACCUGAAUUAUAGUGAGUUGAAGCUACAUAACAGAAAAAUGAGCUAAGAAAAUAUUGUUGGUAAUAUCCGGCACUAGAUGACCUGAUUUUCAGUACAUGUCUUUGUAAUCUGUAUAUUAUUGCAGUAAUUUGAUCAUUGUGAUUAUUGGUUUUGAAA